UUGUUCUAUUUAUUCUACAUGCAAUUCAUACCAAUUGCCGUUAGAGGAGGCAAUUGUAAAAGGUUGAAUGGUGAUCUGCAAGAUGAUCAAAGAAAAGAGCGCACAGACAACUCAGAGGUAGUUGGGGUUUUUUUUUGAAUAUUGUGUAGUAUAGUUGUAAUAAUGGAUGCUGUAGCGUCAGACAGAAGGGUUUCUCCUCUGAAGAACUUUGUGGCUGGAGGGGUUGGUGGUAUCUGUCUCUUAUUCGCUGGACACCCGCUAGACACUAUCAAGGUCCGUCUGCAAACACAGGGAAGUGUUGUCUACAGAGGAACAUAUGACUGUUUACGAAAGACUGUUUUCAAAGAGGGAAUAUUUGGCCUGUAUAAAGGGAUGGGUGCUCCCUUAGCUGGUGUUAACCCAAUGAUGGCUUUGAAUUUCUUUGGCUUUGGGCUGGGAAAGGAACUUCUGCAACGUGACCCCACCAAGCCGUCUUUGUACACACAGAUCUACUUGGCCGGAAUGCUGGCAGGAGUGUUCACCGCUGUGAUCAUUGCCCCUGGGGAGAGAAUCAAGUGUUUACUUCAGACCCAGUCCUCAGCUGGUCAGCUGAAGUACGCUGGACCAGUGGAUUGUGCACUCAGACUUUAUAAGGAAAAGGGAAUUUGUAGUAUCUACAAGGGCACUGUUCUUACUCUAAUCAGAGAUGUUCCCUCAAAUGGUAUAUACUUUCUAACAUAUGACUACUUAAAACACUAUCUGACCCCUGAUGGAGAGUGUGUUCAUCAUCUCAGCACACCCAGAGUUCUUCUUGCGGGUGGGAUUGCUGGCAUGUUAAACUGGCUGAUUGCUCUACCUGCAGAUGUGCUUAAGUCAAACUACCAAACAGCCACUGAUGGCCGUUACCAGGGUUUAAGAGACGUGUUAAGAACACUGUUACGGGAAGAAGGAGUUCAUGCUCUCUACAAAGGCUUAAGCGCAGUCAUGUUACGAGCAUUUCCUGCUAAUGCGGCUUGUUUUCUUGGUUUUGAGGUUGCGCUAAAGUGCUUAAACUACAUUGCUCCAGACUGGUGAUUUCACAAUGACAACAGACGAGGAUUUUUAUUUAACUAAUUUAUUUUUUCCCCUAUGUAGUAUUGUUUUAUCACAACCCUUUUUGUUGUCAUUUCAGACAGUCAUGUCUUUUCCUUGCCAUUUAAUUUAGAACAGAUGACAGAUUUUUUGCCUUUACAGUUUACAGUCAAGUCUGUUACUUUUCUAAGAUGCUCUCUUA